AUGUUGGCGUCACCGCGCUGGUCGCAGCACCAGCCGACGUCGUCGGUCUUCAUCUGGACAAGCGAGAAGGACGCUGCGCUUGACGACCAAGUGGCUAGCAGCAUCCGCGAGAGCCUCGAGGCCACCGACGACGUGGACGACGAGCUCGUCCGCGAGAUCUACGCGGCGCGGUUCCCGCUCGGCGUCAACUGGAAGGCGAUCGCGAUUGCCCUCGGCUGCACGCCCGUCGAGUGCGUCCGCCGGUACGCUGAGCUCAAGACGACAACUGUGCACGUCUCGCAGUAUUCCGCAGCGGCGCACGUUUUGCACUCGCCACGCCUUGGCAACCUGAGCUCGCCCGUGCUGCCAGGGAGCCCGCUUCUGUCGCCGCCGCCGUUCGCGCUCCAGAGUCGCAACAGUCCGUUCAAGUGGACAGCGCCGCCAAAGCCCUCGGCGCCCGUGUACGGCGACGUCGACGCCAUCGAUGAAGCGCUGGACGCGAUGGACUUGGACGACCUCCGGGCUGCCGUCGCUGACGCCGACGCUCAUCCAUUCGAUACAUCGGCCUCAAUUGACUUGCUGAGCCACUCGGCCCUCGCUGACGCGUUCUUGGACAUUGCAGGCUCCCGCCUCGACGCCCCAAGCAUGCUUCUCCAGAGCCGCCUCGCCAAGCACGGAACGCAAUAA